AUGACCUCCUUCCUUGAUCUACCGCUAGAAUUGCGCUAUCAAGUGUAUUUUUACAUCGCCAUCCCGAGAUACACUUACUUCUCCACUUAUCAUGGCCUCUACCUGUCGUGCCACCAAGUUCGCAACGAGAUGAACCAGGAAUGCGGCUCCAUACUUCAAAAGCACCUGGACUUGAUUGGAGAUUCUCUGCCUGUAGGAACGAUCAAGUUUGAUCCCUCAGUCUACGCAAAGCAGCAUGUUCAAAUGUCCCUAGACUUCCUCUUCACCGGCGCAAAACUCAACACGCCAGACCCAGGUUUUCUGAAAGUCUGCGAGCUAUACUUUGCUCUGAUCGAAGUCAAGUUACUGCUGGAAGACUUCUCGCUAGGCGAUACACUGAGAGUUAUCUCUUUAAUUGGAGGUUUGGUUCGCCGAAAGGUCGUGAAUGCGGGUUGCAUCACUCUUGAGGCAAGUGCACCAUACAGAAUUCGGAUGUCAUUGAAUGUAAAGCUGACUCAAGUCAUUGGUACUGCAGAUACCGGGGAUGAACGCACGGCGAACAGAGAGAUGCCGGGAUCAUGGGAUUGCGGAGGCGGAGAGGGAUCGUUCCGCCGGCAACGUGUCUGA